AUGUCUAAUAGCAAUGCAACAACACAGUGUGAACAAGACUUUUUAAUUUUAGUUGAAGCAGCUUUAAGUCGUGAUCUAUGGGCACUUAAACUCUUCGAUUCAUGGGGUAAACCCUUGCCAUCUGGUGUACUCAAAGGAAAUAUGCUGUGGACAGGUAAUUAUGAUGAAUGUCUCGAUUCAUUAUAUCAACCAGCGAACAAAACUUUCUUAUCACAACCGUUUGUUGGGCAAUACUGUACUCUGUCUCCAAGUGACACAAUAUCAGAAGGAACGGUAUCUUCUGGACUUACUCUUGGCAUUUGUGUGCCUUCAUCGUGUGAUCGUCAAUCUAUUGUUAGAUUAGCUCGAAACUUAUUCAAAAAAGAUAAUAUUACCGAAAAUAAUGUUCUCUGUUCGAAUGAUGCUGCCAGUAAACAAAAGAAUUUACCUCGUGGUGUAGUGAUCACAUGUGUCAUUCUCUCGAUACUUGGUCUUCUCGUGUUCGUUGGUACCAUUGUUGAUCUAAUUCUUGCUUGUCGUUUUGAAUCAAUCAAUCCUGAUUCAUCACACAUCAAUGGAUACAAUGCCAUAUCGGAUAUCGGACUGAUCAACAGUAAAUCGAUAAUAUCAUCGAGAUAUUUAUGUUCUUCUAUUCAAGCUCUUUUGAGUGCAACACCUCAAAGCAUAUUCAUUGCUCAAUUUUCGGCUGUACGUACAUUACGGCGUAUUUUUACUAUGGAAAAGAAAAAUGACGAUAAUUCACUGGCUUUUAUUCAUGGUCUUCGUGUACUUUCUCUUUUCUGGGUUAUUUUUGGUCAUUCAAUUUUAUUUAAUCUAUUCUAUACAAAUAAUAUUAUCGAUGUUCUUUCUUGGUCUCAUAAUAUAGCGUUUCAAUUAAUUUCUAACGGUGUAUUGAGUGUAGAUACAUUUUUCGUAAUCAGUGGUUACUUGACAGCAAUUAUUUUUGUUCGAGAAAUUACGAAAGAAAAACUUUCCUUUCGUUUUCUCAUUCGUUAUUACAUUCAUCGAUAUAUUCGUCUUACGCCGACAUUUCUUCUUGUUUUACUUGUCAGCAUAAAUUUAACAGCAUAUUUUGGUCGCGGACCUAUUUAUCCAUCUAUACAAGGAUUUGAAUCCGAGGGAUGUCGACAGCAUGGUUGGUGGACAGCCAUACUCUAUGUUGGCAAUUUAGUUCAUGUCGAUGACAUGUGUCUAGGUGUUUCAUGGUAUCUUUAUAAUGAUAUGCAAUUUCAUUGGAUUGCACCUCUGGCGCUCAUUCCAUUCGUUAUCGGUCGAAAAUCGAUUGGUUACUUUGUUACCACUAUUUAUGUUCUUAUCGGUAUUGGAUCAAUUGUUGGCAUUCUGCUUUAUUAUCCGAAUAUGUCAUUGAGUCUUUUCGCAGAUGCCACGAACGUGAAUGGUCCUAGCUUUUUUAGCAAAAUCUAUAUUGCCCCAUGGUGUCGUAUUUCAGCUUAUGCUAUUGGCCUUCUAACUGGUUUUAUUUUUAUCAAUACUGGUCAUUCAUAUCGUUCAAAUACCUUGAUAUCAUCAAUAUCUUCAACUAUUAAUGGAAUAUCGGAGCCAAAUGAUCUUGUAACAGCUGUAAAUAAUUCAUAA